AGGAGGAGGAGGAGGAGGAGGAAGAGGAGGAGAGCGAGGAGGCGCCGGAGCUGGACCUCCACGACGACGAGCCCGAGGACGACGACGAGCGGCGCGCCAGGAAGAAGCUGCACGAGUCGGUGAUGCGGAGGCGGAAGUGGAAGGAGGAGGAGGCGAGGAUGAAGCGGAGGGAGGAGGAGAGGAAGCGCGCCGAGGAGGAGAGGCGCAAGGCGACGGAGGACGUGCGCAAGAGGAGGAUAGAGGAGCUGCGCAAGAAGAAGCGGCAGGAGGAGGAGGCGCGUCGCCAGAAGGAGGACGAGGAGGAGCGAGAGAGAGAGGCCGAGCAGGAGAGGCUGCUGGAGGAAGAGCGCGCCAGGAAGGAAGCGGAGCUGCGCAGAGUCAGAGAAGAGAGAGAGAAGGAAGAGCAGCGUCGACUGGAGGAGAAAGUGAGAGAGGAGCGGCGGCGGCGAGCAGAAGAGCAGCAGAAGGAAGAGGAGCGAAAGAGAGAGGAGGAGAGGCGGAGGGCGGUAGAGAGGCAAGAGGAGGAGGAGGAGGAGGAGAGGAAGCGGCAGGAAGCGAAGCAGAGGGAGGAGAGAGACAGGGAGGUAGAGAGAGAACGCAGCAAGAAGGCGGAGGAGGAUGAGCGCAAAAGGAAGGCGGAGGAGAAGCGGAAACGGAAGGCUGAGGAGGAGGAGAGGGAACGGAAACGGAAGUUAGAGGAGGAGGAGAAGGAAAGGAAACGGAAAGCGGAGGAAGAGGAGCGGAAACGGAAGAUAGAAGAAGAGGAGCGGAAACGAAAGUCGGAAGAAGAGGAAAAAGAAAGGAGGCGGAGAGCUGAAGAAGAACGGAAGAGAAAAGCGGAACAGGACGAAAAAGAGAAGAAACGGAAGCUAGAAGAAGAAGAAAAAGAACGAAAAAGGAAGUUGGAAGAGAAUGAAAAGGAACGAAAACGAAAAGCGGAGGACGAAGAAAAAGGACGGAGAAGAAAAGUGGAAGAGCAGGAGAAGCAGUUGAAGGCAGAGGAGGACAGCAAAAGGAGAAAACAGGAGGAGGAGUCGAGAAAGAAAAAGGAAACAGAGGAGAAAUCGACGGUAACAGAAAGAGAGGAAAAGACGAAGAAACGGUCCGGUGACGAAGCAAAGGGGAAAGUGACCGCGAAGGAGGACGACGAGGACGAGGAAGAGGACCUCACGUCCUGGAUGUCCGGCUUCCCGGAGUUCUUCGCGCCCACCGCGGACGACGACGUCAAGAACGAGGAGUGCAGGAAGCAGAGCAGGAUCUUCGUCCAGCACCUCGCCAAGUACAAGAUGUGGGCGCUCAACAUGUACGACGCCACGGCCAAGCUCCCCUCGGGCGUGCUCAGCGGCAACGCCAUCCAGCUAGGCGACUUCGACGAGUGCCUCGGGGUGGACGUCCGACUGCGACAGCGGUCCGCGGCGGCCAGCGCGGCCAGCAAGGGUGACGAGGACGGCGACGACGCCGACGUGCUGGCGCGCGCCGCGUCCUGGUUCGCCGACCUGGUGCGCCCCGUGCUGGAGCCCGUGCUGGGCGCCAAGGAGGACCCCGGCCUGGUGCACAUCCGCGGCCAGUACUGCCUGGCCGGCGUCGACCUGGAGCUGCGGCGCAACGACGCGGCGCUGCGGACCGCGCUGGACCGCAGCCUGGCGCACUCCUUCCUCAAGGGCUCGCUCAACGACUCGGCGCACUUCGUGCCGCGGUUCCGCACGCUGGGCUGGGGCGUGUGCGUGCCCGAGGCGUGCUCGCCCCGCGACGUGGAGCUGGCGCUGCGCGGCGCCGUGACGCCCGCCAUGCAGCGCCUGCCGCCCAGCUUCUUCCUGGCCGGCGGCGGCCUCGCCGCGCUGCUGCUGCUCGCCCUCGUCGCCACCAUCAAGGACACCGGGCACGAGCCCGACGAGCUGGGCGGACUGUCCGGCGUGGUGGCUUCCUUCUCGCUGCGUCGCAACUGGAGCACCCUGACGGCCCAGGAGGACCCCGGCGCGGACGACAUCCGCUGCAUCCACGGCAUCCGCUGCGUGUGCUCGCUGCUGCUGUACGCCGCGCACAAGCUGGUGCCGCUGGCCGCGCUGCCGUUCAGCAACAGGCGGCUGCUGACGGUGCUGGCCGCGUCGCCCGCCUCGCUGCUGCUGCGCGGCUCCCUCAUGUACACCGACACCUUCCUCAUGCUGUCCGGCACACUGGCCGCCUUCCACCUCAGCAAGCACCUCAGCCGCGCCGGCAGCCUGGACUGGGCGGGCCGCCUGGCCACGCGCGUCAUCAGGCUGACGCCGACGCUGGGCCUCGUGACGGUGGCCUACGCCUACGUGCUGGAGCACAUCGGCACGGGCCCACUCUGGGGGCAGCUAGUGGAGGAGAAUGGGCGCAUCUGCAGGGAGCACAUGUGGCGCAACCUGCUCUACGUGCACAACCUGUGGCCCUUCGAGCAGAUGUGCGCGCCGCACACGCACCAGCUGGCCCUGGACAUGCAGCUGUCGCUGCUGGUGCCGCCGCUAGUGUGGCUGCUCGUCAAGGCCUGGCCGCUGGCCUCCCCCGUCAUCGUGGUGCUCGUCGGCGGCUCCACGUGGCUGCGGCAGCAGGCCGCCCUGCAGCACAACGUCAGCCUGCUCAUCUACAACGGGGCCAAGCCGGCUGACCUGUACCGCGCGGCCGACGUGUCGUACAUCCAGGCGACGCACCGCGCCUCGGCGUACCUGGCCGGCGUGGCGCUGGGCUACCUGCUGCACCGGGUGCCGAGGAAGCUGCAAGUGCCCAAGGUGCUGCUGGCGCUGGGGUGGCUGGCGAGCGCGUCGCUGGGCGGCUGGGCCAUGUUCAGCCAGCGGCACGUGGCGCGCCUCGACUACCGCCUGGACGUGGCCGACGCCGCGCGCUUCAACGCCCUCGCCCCGCUGGCCUGGGCCGCCGCCAUGGCCUGGCUCAUCUUCGCCUGCUACACCGGCCACGGAGGCGUGCUGGACCGGGUGCUGUGCGCGCGGCCGCUGGUUCUGCUCAGCAGAAUAUCCUACGCCUUCUACCUCGUCCAGUUCCUCGUCUUCUUCUACAACGCCGGCUCCGUGCGCUCGCAGAGGGAGUUCAGUGUGACGGCGGCGCUGGACCUGUGGGAGCUGGUGCUCGUGCUGGCGCUGGCCACCGUCGUCACGCUGCUGGUGGAGCUGCCCAUGCAGAGCGUGCGUUCCGCCCUGGGCAGCAGCAAGCGCCGCCAGAGCCUCAAGUGGGAACCCCCGAGCACCCCGACCACGCCGUCGCCGCACGAAUUGGCAGCCGCUUACUACUACAACCUAAGCACGGACGUCUACACAUCUCACGCCAAAAAGGAGUGAAGACGGGAGUCUGCCGGCAGAGUGCCAGCGGUCCAGAUAACCGUUCGUCAAGGGCCGAAGUUGCGACGCUCGGAGGAAAAGACUUAACUGCGACGUGAGUCGGUUCGUUUAUGUGGCUGUGUUUCCCACGCUUCUCGCUCGUCAAGCUCUUUGCGCGCCAAAAGCGCGGUGCACGAACCAAGAAGCGCGAUCUAAGUAACGCACUGAGACCUCUUACUGUUAAUAGGUAAUACUGCGAAAAAAAAGUACAGAAAAAGUACGGAACAUGUGUGGUCAAUAAUUUGCCUGGACCGUCCGUACCUGUCCUACUACGGAACUUCUGUACUUUUUUUCCGUACCCGAUUACAUGAGUUCUUAUGGGACAAGUACGGACGUUCCGUACUUUUUUCCGUACUUUCGUACUAUAUUCGUCUGCACCUUUUCCGUACGAAAGUUCGCAAUUUUUUACAGUAUGCUUGAGGACGGCAAUUUCCACUAGACGAGUGGUAGGUGCAUUGAAACAAAAAUCUUGACAUACUGCCAUAGGCUCAUGACAUUGCCGCCACACAUUUUAUGUUGUUUUGUACAUAUUUUUUUUUAUCAGUGUGACCGAUUGUCUCUCUGCUGAGUCGAGUGGUUUACUGCGAUCUCAAACUUCUUCUUCCUCAUACGUUUCGAAUAAGGUUGUAUGUAGAGAGAGCGCUGUGUCAUUUUACUCGACUGUGAGAAUCAUCUUGCUAUCAGUGUCAAUAUUUCAUCAUUCAUCAGAAUAUAUUUAAUAAGACCUAA